ACUGCAGCCUCAGGCAAUACAAGGCAUCCUUAUAUAUCUGGUCCACGGUCACAUUCGAGCAGCAGCUGCUAGAUGGGAGACAGGAAAAACAUGCAGAGCAAAGAAGAUCUCAGGUAUGAUGACUGUGAAGAGACAGCUCGUUGGCUCUUGGACCGCAUCCAGUCUCCUCCCGUGAUUGCCAUCAUCUGCGGGUCUGGUCUGGGGCUUCUCGCUGAUACCCUGACAGAUGCCAAGACCUUCGACUACAGCCAAAUCCCACAUUUCCCUACCAGCACAGUGGUUGGGCAUUCGGGGCAGCUGGUGUUUGGGAAUCUUCAAGGCAAGUCAUGCGUUGUUAUGAAAGGUCGCUUUCACGUCUAUGAGGGAUAUCCGCUAUGGAAGGUCACUCUCCCCAUCCGAGUAUUUAAGCUCCUGGGGGUCAAGGUCCUGAUGGUGACAAAUGCUGCGGGGUCACUAUGUGAGACGUACAGCCCCGGGGACUUCAUGAUCAUCCGAGAUCACAUAAACAUGCCGGGAUUGGCUGCCUUAAACCCCUUGAGAGGGCCAAACGACGAGAGGUUUGGUCCUCGCUUUCCCUCCCUCUGGGAUACAUACGAUCAGGACCUACGCACCACGGCCUUGGCUAUUGCUCGCCGGCUCGGCCAUGGAAAGAUUACCCAUGAAGGGGUGUACUGCAUGGUAGGAGGGCCAAACUUCGAGUCGGUGGCAGAAGCCAGGUUCUUGCAGCGGCUGGGCGCUGAUGCUGUGGGUAUGAGCACAGCCCCCGAGGCGGUGGUUGCAAAGCAUUGUGGGAUGCGGGUGUUUGGCCUCUCCCUGAUCACGAACCGCGUGGCCCAGGCGUACGAGAUGGUGGAAACGGUGGAUCACACAAGCGUGCUGGAAGUGGGAAAGCAAAGAUCAAAAGUCCUGCAACAGCUAAUUACUGAGCUGGUCAAAACUAUCAGCUUCAAAGAAGACAAACAGGAUCCAGCAUAAGGCGAUGUACUGUACGAGAGCUGGCUACUCUGCCCCUUCUGUGCCAGCUAAAUUAUUUUGGGGUAAUGGUAGACCUGUGUUUCCC